AUGCCUCAUCUCUGUCACGCUACUGUACCAUUAUUGGCUGGCAUUCAUGAACAUAAUGUGGUUUUUGUCAUAUAUACUUCAGAAUGCAAUCCUUGCAAUCCAUGUAUCAUGAAAGAACUUCUUACAAGAACUCUAUAUUCACUGGGUAGCAGACUAAUGGAUUCCAUGUUCAAUAUCAUCUGGUGUUCCAGCAAGGUAUUAAAGUGGCAGAAUGAAUUGGUAGAAUGUUCCCUCACCAACAUCAUGGAUGCAGCUUCUUGGAUCAGAACUCUGCAGAUGAAUAGCAAGGGAAAAGCCAGUGCCUGGAAUGCCAUUGAAGAAGCAAUAGAAAAUCCCAGCUGCCAAGCAAUAUAUCUGUUCACCAGUGGAUUGGCUGAAGGCUCUGUGGAAGAAAUCUGUAGCCACCUUAAAGACACAAAACAAUUGUGUCCAGUGCAUAUUGUGCAAUUGAUAGAAAAUAGAGACAGCAAUAAAAUUAGCGGUCAAAAGCUAUUGGAGAAAGUAGCCAAGAUGUCUGGUGGUACUCUCCAAGCAAUUGAUGGAGCUUCCUGUGAGGAUAAGACUGGCUGUAAUUUAGGUUUUCAUCAUCCUGGUAGUGUCGGCAAUCAUCUCGGCUUCCCUCCGCUGACGGAUCAUUGCACAAAACUGUUUCCUUUGGGUGCGUGGGCUCCAGAUACUUGUAACACACGUCUAAGAAGUUCCGUACAAGAGAAUUUAGGGGACGGUACCACAAACAGCCAUCAUUUGCUGAGGGGGACACGAGUUCUUGCCAGAAAACAGACAGAUGGCUAUUACUAUCUCAGUCAUAUUGUCCAAAAGGUGAAGAAUUCCAAUGAACAUGUCCUAGUUGAGUUUGAAAGAUGCCAGCGAUCACGAAAAGGUAAGGGUCCAUUUCGAAGACAAGAAACACCUCUCUAUGACAUCAUCCAUUAUGAUGAUGCCAGGUGGCAGCCAUUAUCUGCAGGAGAUGGGACCCUUGCUCCAUGGGACAAGAACAGCAAACGAUAUGGCCCAGGCAUCGUUCUCCAAGUAGCAGAAAGUUCAGAUUAUUCAGCUUUCCAACAUAGCGAAGUGCUGAUUAACUUCUGGAAUGGCCGGACCAAGACAAUAUCAGCAGAUGUCGCUGUGAGGAUCUCUCUUCCGUUAUAUGAGCGCAUUGUUCUUGAGCUUCAGAUGCCAUUGAGAGCCAGGCAGAUGUUGGUGGAGCAGAAUCCAGAUUAUCCUUCUGUUGUGCCACCUGGAUACCGGGCUUCUGGAGCUUGCAGGCAUAAGCAUUUAACUUGGAUGCCUUGGCCUCAGACUCAAAAAACCCAUUGUAAUGGAGUCUGCGGGAGCAAUACCCGUUUCCCUCCUUGGUCUUUCUGCUGCCCACUACAGAAUCAUAAUACAUCUUCAAUAAGUUCAACACGGGCAGAGGAUACUUGGAUAGCAAAAGUCAGCUCAUCAAAAGAGGAGCCGAGCAAGAAGUUAGAAGACCAACUUUCAAUAGGCAGACCUCCCACUUUGGAAAACGAUAAGGAUGCAAAAGGAGAUUGCAGCAAGCUAAAGAAGGAAACAAAUUUAGCAGGUGCCAAAUCUUGGGAAGAGAAUGAAACCAAAGUUGCAGAACCCAGUGAGGUACAAGAUUAUGUUGGUUAG